AUGAUGCCUGGAGGAAAAGACAUUGUGCCUAAAAAGGAUCCAAAGCAGAUAAUUGAAAGGAUCAGGCAGGGGCUUCGUAAGUGCUCGAGUGAGGCAAAGGCAUACGGGACUUGUGUGGCUAGCAAGUUGCCGGAGGUGGAGAAAGGGCAGUGCGAGAAAGAGUUUGCAGCUCUGAAGGCCUGCAUGCAGCAAGCGUUUAAAAACAAAGCAUAG